AUGGCCGAGAAACGGAGACUCUCCGCCCGCGAACGCCGCGAACCUGCGGCGAAGCGACGGGUGUCCGAAGCCGCGCCUCGAUCCUCUCCUCAACCUCAACAAUCAUCCAAACGAAAGGCUUCAACGCCUGUUGUUGCCCCGGCCCCCCCUUCUCCGCCGCCUGAAAAGAUCAAAAAUCCUCUCCCUACCAAAAUCAAGGAUGGAGAAGCUCUCCCCACCUUGCCCGCUCCGCAGCCGGAGGACCUCUCGUCGAAGGAGUACCAGUCGAUCGCGGAAAGCACGAUCCUCCUUGCCUCCCUAGAACGAUCGAAGAAGAAAUGGCUGAGCGACGGCAUUCUCGAACGGUACUGGACCAAGCCCAAGAAAACGAAGAGAGAGCAGAUUGAGGGCAAGAACCCACCUAAGGAGAGCAUGUCCAAGGUUGGAGCUUGCAACAUUGUGGUCGGCCCGCACCUGUUCGAUGCUAUGCUAUAUACGGUGAAAGACCCCAAUGCGCCGCCGCCGAUUCAGUAUACACCACCCCAGCGUCCGAUCGUACAUUACGGCCAUCCCAAUAACUUCCAACAAUAUCAUCCGUAUCCGCAGGGUCCCACUCCUCCACAGCAGUCACGCCAGCCGCAGCAACAGCCGCCAAAGCAAAAACAGCAGCAGCAGCAGCAGCAGCAGCAGCACCCUCCUCAUGGACCACAAGCUACUCCAGGCACGCCUCAGCCGGCCUAUCCUCCUGCCAGCCAUCCACCUCCACCGCAUCCCGCUCGAACACCUAGCCACACUCCUCACCGGACUCCCGGGCCUCAAGCAGCGCAGCGACCGUCUCCAACACAACAUCCUCAGCCGCAGCAACAGCCGCCACAACCGCCGAAGCCCAGCCCAGACCCAGUGAUUCAAAUGCUCGCAACUCGAGCUGCCUCCGACCCGGACCUCAAAGCCUUGAUGCGGGUGGUGGCUUCCAGCAAGGCGUCACAGGAGCAAUUACGUGCUUUUCAAGCUCACAUAGAUGAACUUAACGCUAUAAUCAGAGCAAGGGAGCAACAGCAACAAAGACAGCAGCAGCAACAGCAACAACGCCAGCAGAUACAGCAGCAACAGCUACAACAGAGACAACCACUACCACUUACUCCUGCUCAUCCGCAGGCCGCGCCCAGAGCACAACAACCUGCCCACCAACCACCUCAGACGCCGCAACAGACGCCCCUACCCCCUCCCCAACAACGACCUCCGCAGCAGCCAGUGCAUCCAACCCCGCAGACACAGCCUCAAACCCAACCACAUCCGCGUCUUGAAGUCCAAGUUAAAUCAUCGCCGUCUGCAGGCCCAGUAGCAGCGCAAUCUGGCGCGCCAUUACAACCCCCGCAGACCCCAACUCCACAAAACUCGAAGGCACAGCAAAUCAAACAGGAGCCCGGGUCAGUCGCGCAAAUCCAACCGGCCACACCACAGGCCCCUCACCCGCCUGUUGCACCGGGGCCAGCGCCAGUCGUGGAAAUUACCAAGCAACCCACCCCAGGAGGACGUCCCGCGCCUCCACCGCAGCAACAGCAGCAGCCGCAACCGCAACAUCAACCACAACAAGCUCAGACACCAGGACCACGCUCAGGGCCAUCUUACCCGCAAUAUCAGCAACCUCCGUAUCAAGGCCACCCCCCUGCAAUCCAGUCACGUCCACCGCAGUAUGGAUCACCCACUCCAUACUAUCGCCCCGCCCCUCCGCCGCCGCCACCACCACCACCUCCAAGGCUCAACUACAAGUCCGUCGUCUUUGAGUUCACCUCUCCACUGACUCCGUACGGUAGCAGUACCUCCGGCCACGCAGGCUCAGGCGAUCGCUAUCUAUUCCCCGAGUACACGAUCCUAGAAUGGCUCCCCGGAGGAACCACCGUGCUCGCCUCCUUCCUUCUCGUGCGUAAAGUGGAUCCCAACGCGCCGUUCCCCAUCGAAACCGGCACCGAACCACCGUCCAGGGCCAAAGGCAAAUCUAGCUCCAAAUCCAAGUCCAAGAAGGCGGCGGCAGCGGCAGCAGCAGCAGCCGACAAGAACAAGACACCUGCGGCGACACCCUCUCAACCAGAGAAACCGAAGGACGCAGAGAAAGAGAAGGAGAAGGACAAAGAGCCAGCCAAGGAGAAAGCGGAAGAGAAACCUGCUUCUUCCACAGAACCAACGCCCGCUACUGCAACCGCAGGGGACAGUAAACCCGCAACCUCGAACCCCACCCCGACAGAAGGCGGCGGCGGCGGCGGCGGCGGGGACAAGCCAGCAGCCGGCGAGCAGCAACCCGACAACACCAAAGCCGCCGCUGCGAUCCGGCCACAACGGCGAAAGACGCCCCCCUCCGCCGCCGCCGCCGACACCCCGAAGGACAGCAGCAAGAAAAAAGACGACGACCCCAACCUGAAGGAGUACUACCAACCGGUCACGUUCCGGAUCUUCAGCAGCAACCCCAAGGUCCUCGAGCCGCUGAACCGGGUCGUCAAGCCCGCCGACGAGGUGCGCAAGUACAUGAAUGAGAUCAUGGAUCGCGCCGAGCGGGCCCCCGACGGGUUCCUGGCGUAUCGUCUGCCGCGGGAGGAGCAGGAGGAUGCUUCCUCAAACAACAACAAUGCCAGCAAGGAGGUGGAUGAUUCUGUUGUUGGUGGUCGGAAGACCGGGGGCACGCCUGUGCCGCCGGGCCAGCGGUGUCGAUUCAGCUCGCGCGGGAAUAAUAAGGCGACCGACUCGGAUGUUGAGCUCAGUGAGCAGCAGCAGCAGCUGGGUGAUGAGGACGCGGUUGAAGAGGAAGAGGAGGAGGAAGAGGAGGAGUUAUUGGAUUUCUAUGGGCCGCCUACGGGCCUUCCGCCUUUGGGGGCUUGA